AUGACAGAAGCAACUAAGAAAGGCAAAAUGCUAAGCAGGGCUUAGGAGAAAGCCAAAUCAUACAUAGACGAACAUCAGGUUGAAAAGACAAUCGCCGAGAUGCUUAAUUCAUUGGUCCAUGCUAGAGACCCUAAACCAAUCAUAUUUAUGAUUAAGUAUCUAGCCAAUCUAGUUACUGAAUAAGAACUUGACGAGUAUGGGAUAAAAGUGUCUGGACCAGUACCUCAAAGAGUGCCAAUCAUCACAUUCCCUAAAUUUGAAGAAGAUUGCAAUUCAUUGUUAAAGAAACAUCUAACGAGGGAAGUUUGGUCUAACAUGAAGAAAAAGAGUACUACUAAAGGCGGAAACAUCUAGAUGUGUGUAAAGAGUGGAGUUUAAAUGCCAAAUGUUGAUAUUGGUCUAUUGGCAACUGAUGAAGAAGCAUAUAAACAGUUUAAUGAUCUAUUUGGACCAGUUAUUAAGGACUUGCAUCCCAAAUUUGAUAACAGAUAUAGUUAUCAGUUUGCUGAUCUUCACAUGGAAGCAUUUAACGAUAAAUUAAUCGAAAUGCAAGAUAUUCUAGAGAAGAUUAAACAUUUUAAAUUUUCUACAAGAAGAAACUUCAAAAGUACACCUUUUGCUCCUCUAAUGACGAAAGAGUCAAAGCUAUAAGUUGAAAGAAAAGUAGUAGAAGUGCUAGGUGAGUUGUAUGGCCAGUAUACACAGUUAGCUCGUUUAGAUGAGAAGGAAAAGUAGUGGCUUACAUCUUAAGGAAUAAGUGUGGAGAGAGAUAAAGAGCAUGACGCAGCUGGUAUUAACGAUGAUUGGCCAACUGGAAGAGGUGUCUUUAUUCAUGAUUAGAAAACAUUUGUAGUUCUAGUAAACUUUGAGGAUCACAUAGAGCUCGUUAUUUUACCUGAGAAGGGAGCAUAGAAGGACACGAUCAAGAGUGGAUUGCAGAGAAUGAUAAAGUUGAUGUAAACCUUUGAAAAGCUUGGCUAUGCUACUGACCCAUAUCUUGGUAACCUAACUGUGAAUCCAAAGAAUGUUGGAACAGCAAUGAAGCUCGAAGUAGACUUUAUAUUCGAUAGCAAGGUAGAUAGUCACAUUGAUAAAGAAGUACAUGAUGAGAUAUUCUACGGCAAAAACAUAGAAAUAAUAAAUAGACUAAGUGAUGCUAAGAAUGCAGAUAUCAGACUUAGAAGUGAAUAAACUCUAGGACCUUAAUACAAUGAGAUAAUACAAAUCAUGCAGUUCCUUGAGAGUGUUUAAAGUUUGAAUAGUAUUGACUAUAAACCAAGUGACAAGCAUAAAGUGCAGAAUGACUAUAUGGGUGAAGGGGGGCUUGCUCAAGACAAUGCUAAUGAUUAAGAUGAAUAACACUAGCAAGACGAGGAAGUUUGA